UUCUCUCAAGUUUGAACUUGAUCUAAAAAACAUGCAAUGUUUUUUCUUUUGAAACGAUGUUGAGAAAUAAAGUGGGAACUUUUGGAAUACAUGGAGCUCAUUGGCAGUGAUCUUACAUGAUGCGUUAAUUCCGCCGUGCCAUUUUGCUAUCCAGGUUUAACCGUUGAUGACUUGUUGUACUAUGUGACAUAUUUGAGAUGAGUGAGAGUGGGGACAACAUUCUUGAAAUGGAUUCUUUGUCCGAGACAAAAUUGGAGGGCGACACGGAAAUAGAGAUGGGAAUGGAAGUUGUCUAUUCUCAGGAGUUUUUGCCAACCUAUGAGACUAUACCUGAGGGGGCAUCAGUGCCCAAAGUGGAGAAGGUUGAGUUCAACGGCAAAUCUGACUCUCUGUUCUUCAAUGAUGGGGUUAGACGGAUCGACUUUGUCUUAGUCUAUGAAGAUGAGGACAUGAAGGAGACUGACAAAAAUAGAACGUUCCAGAAACGUAAACAACGCAGAGAGUACUUUGAGGCCAGCUUGAUGAAGAUGGGGAUGGAACUAGAGGCUGCCAGAUCUGUGGUGGAUGAGAAGCUGUUGUUCGUCAAGGUGCACAUGCCUUGGGACAUGCUGUGUACCUACGCCGAGGUUCUCCACAUCAAGCUGCCCAUUCAGCCCAAUGACCUGUCCACCACGUCCUCGCCCUUUAACUUCCUCAGUUGCAUCACCAAACACUUCUACCCCAGCGAGGACCUCAUAGCCAAGGAGACGGAGUACUUCACCGCCCCAUUCGAGAAGGACAGACUGGAGUACUUCUACGUGAAGGACCGGGACCUCUUCUUCACGCCGUCCAUGAGGAGUAGAAUGGCCUACUACAUCCUCAGCCGAGCCCCCUAUGAGGUGCGAGAGAACAUCAAGAAGUUUGGUGUCACCAAGCUGCUCGAUGGGGGGGUGUACAAGGCUGCUUAUCCCUUACAUGAUUGCAGAUUCAACGUCAGGUCGAAGGAAGAUGAGUGCCCCAAUGAGAGAUACCUCCUGUAUAACGAGUGGGCUCACCCUAAAAGUUUCUAUAAGAUGCAGCCACUUGAUCUCAUAAGAAAGUAUUAUGGGGAGAAGAUUGGCAUUUACUUUGCUUGGCUGGGCUUCUAUACAGCCAUGCUCGCCCUCGCUGCUAUUGUUGGGCUUGGCUGUUUCAUUUAUGGGUACACGACUCAAGAAACAAGCACCUGGAGCAAAGAGGUGUGCGACCCUUUGAUUGGAGGGAAUAUUGUGAUGUGUCCGCAGUGUGAUAAGGAGUGCACGUACUGGAGGCUCAACAGCACCUGUGAAUCUUCUAAAAAACUGUGCAUAUUUGAUAACUAUGGGACGCUCGUGUUUGCUGUCUUUAUGGCCAUUUGGGUGACCGUGUUUCUGGAGUUCUGGAAGCGCUACCAAGCAGAACUGGAGUAUGAGUGGGACACCGUGGAGUUCCUGGAGCAGGAGGAGCAACCUCGUCCCGAGUAUGAGGCCAAGUGUAACCACGACAGAAUCAACCCUGUCACACGGGUAAAAGAGAAAGUACCUUAUACAGCCUGUGGACGGUGUGUAAGAGUGUCUUUAGGAAUUGGGACUGUCUUAUUCUGGAUUGUGUUGAUCCUAGCGUCAGUGGUGGCCAUCAUCGUAUACCGACUGGCAGUGUUCUUCUCAUUUUCGACGAGACUCCAGUCUGACCUAAAGGAGCUCGAACCGUUUAAGGAGUAUGUGACCGCACAAAUGGCCACCUCCGUCACUGCUUCUAUCAUCAGCUUCGUAGUAAUCAUGGUGCUCAACAUCCUGUAUGAGAGGGUUGCCAUCUGGAUCACUGACUUUGAGCUACCAAGGACCAGGACGGAUUAUGAGAACAGUCUGACUCUGAAGAUGUUCCUGUUCCAGUUUGUCAACUACUACUCCUCCUGCUUCUACAUUGCCUUUGCCAAAGGGAAAGUGGUUGGUUACCCUGGGCAACCUGUUUACCUGCUGGGCAAGUACAGGAAUGAGGAGUGUGAUCCAGGAGGAUGCCUGAUUGAAUUGACAACCCAGCUCACUAUCAUCAUGGGCGGUAAAGCCAUCUGGAAUAACAUUCAGGAGGUGUUGCUGCCGUGGAUGAAGAAUUUGAUAUUCCGCUACUGCACACGUGUGGGGUCUGAAAAGGUGAUUCCUCGCUGGGAGCAGGACUAUCAGCUGCAGCACAUUGGGAAGCUGGGCCUCUUCUAUGAAUACCUGGAGAUGGUGAUUCAGUUUGGUUUUGUUACUCUGUUCGUGGCCUCCUUCCCCCUGGCUCCUGUCCUGGCUCUGGUCAAUAACCUCUUUGAGAUCCGGGUGGACGCCUGGAAGAUCAUCACCCAGUUCCGCCGCAUGGUUCCAGAGAAGGCCCAAGACAUCGGGGCGUGGCAACCCAUUCUCCAAGGUGUUGCCAUCUUGGCUGUGGCAUCAAAUGCCAUGAUCAUUGCCUUCACAUCAGACAUGAUCCCACGAUUGGUUUACUACUGGUCUUUCUCUGUGUAUCCCUAUGGAGACCAUUCCAGUCACACCAUGCAGGGCUACAUCAACAACACGCUCUCUGUGUUCGACAUCCAGGACUUCUCCAACAAGAGCCGGCCCUUGCAAACACCUUACUGGUUCAAUAACAGCACCACCUGCAGAUAUCGAGAUUUCAGAUAUCCACCAGGACACCACAGACAAUAUGAAUACAGUAUCUACUACUGGCAUGUGAUAGCUGCCAAGAUGGCUUUCAUAAUAGUUGUAGAGCACAUUGUAUACCUGACCAAGUUCGUUCUGUCCUACGUGAUCCCGGACGUGCCUUACACAGUGAGGGAACAGAUCAAACGAGAGAAGUACUUGAGCCAGGUCAUCCUUCACGAGACCAACCUCAAACUGGUGACCAAACGCUUAAAGCCUUUCGCUGAUAAGAUACUUAAACAAAAUGAGGACAAGGAAGAGGAGAUUAUGGACCUUUACUUUUAAUCUCUGAAACUUUUUCAGAGAAGAGAGAGUCCUGCCUUUGUCAGGACCUACAAUAUUUCCAAGUAUUGUUGAGCAGCUAAAGAUGUAUUCAAUACAUGUUUUAAUAGCUUUAAUUAAUAUUAAUUAAUAUUAUUAGUAGCAUAAUAGCUUGGUGGGGAUUACGACCAACCAAACCAGCCAUGAAGCUCAGCUCUGUUGCUCAGAUCUCUGGAUCUAUUGCAUAUUUAGCACUUUUAUGUCAAUGAUUGUUACAUGUACACUGUUACAUUUAAUGUGUUUUGUAUUGUUACAAUGAUGACAUAUUUUGGAGGUCUUAACUUAGACACUUCUGGGAGGAACACAACAGUGCCUGGGUGUUACAUACAGCACAUGUAUACACUGUUACAUUUAAUGUGUUUUGUAAUGUUAAAAUUAGGAUUCAAUGCCAUAUGGAAGACUAUGAAUGACAACAAUACUUUUCUUCUUUAAACAAAGCAUACAGAUUUGUAUACAAUUUGUGGCCUAGGCCUAUCCAAACAUUUCUAAUACUCAAGGUGUGCUUGAUUUAGUCAGGAAUAAUUCCAAAAGCUCAAAUUGCAUUAACCAGGCAAGCCAUCAAGAAUGGAAGCUCGUUCCCGCCACCCAGGAAAAAAUAUCUGACUAUGAGUUAUGAGAUAGAAAGUCAUAAUUAUGAGAGAAUGUCUGGAUCAUGGACAUUGAAUAGUCCUGCAAGUCGACCCCUUUUAAAGGGUCAAUCUGGGAUUCACACAAUAACAAAGCUUUUCCCACCACAGCUGAGGAAUGGGGCAGGGGAAAUGUAACCAAUCUCAAAUACAUAGACACAGGACUCACAUAUGGAUGCAAGGACUGACCAUCCAUCAGAUACAAAUUAUACACUGCUCAAAAAAAUUAAGGGAACACUUAAACAACACAAUGUAACUCCAAGUCAAUCACACUUCUGUGAAAUCAAACUGUCCACUUAGGAAGCAACACUGAUUGACAAUAAAUUUCACAUGCUGUUGUGCAAAUGGAAUAGACAAAAGGUGGAAAUUAUAGGCAAUUAGCAAGACACCCCCCAAAACAGGAGUGAUUCUGCAGGUGGUGACCACAGACCACUUCUCAGUUCCUAUGCUUCCUGGCUGAUGUUUUGGUCACUUUUGAAUGCUGGCGGUGCUCUCACUCUAGUGGUAGCAUGCGACGGAGUCUACAACCCACACAAGUGGCUCAGGUAGUGCAGUUCAUCCAGGAUGGCACAUCAAUGCAAACUGUGGCAAAAAGGUUUGCUGUGUCUGUCAGCGUAGUGUCCAGAGCAUGCAGGCGCUACCAGGAGACAGGCCAGUACAUCAGGAGACGUGGAGGAGGCCGUAGGAGAGCAACAACCCAGCAGCAGGACCGCUACCUCCGCCUUUGUGCAAGGAGGUGCACUGCCAGCGCCCUGCAAAAUGACCUCCAGCAGGCCACAAAUGUGCAUGUGUCUGCUCAAACGGUCAGAAACAGACUCCAUGAGGGUGGUAUGAGGGCCCAACGUCCACAGGUGGGGGUUGUGCUUACAGCCCAACACCGUGCAGGACGUUUGGCAUUUGCCAGAGAACACCAAGAUUGGCAAAUUUGCCACUGGAGCCCUGUGCUCUUCACAGAUGAAAGCAGGUUCACACUGAGCACAUGUGACAGACGUGACAGAGUCUGGAGACGCCGUGGAGAACGUUCUGCUGCCUGCAACAUCCUCCAGCACGACCGGUUUGGCAGUGGGUCAGUCAUGGUGUGGGGUGAAAUUUCUUUGUGGGGCCGCACAGCCCUCCAUGUGCUCGCCAGAGGUAGCCUGACUGCCAUUAGGUACCGAGAUGAGAUCCUCAGACCCCUUGUGAGACCAUACGCUGACACAUGCACAUUUGUGGCCUGCUGGAGGUCAUUUUGAAGGGCGCUGGCAGUGCACCUCCUUGCACAAAGGCGGAGGUAGCGGUCCUGCUGCUGGGUUGUUGCCCUCCUACGGCCUCCUCCACGUCUCCUGAUGUACUGGCCUGUCUCCUGGUAGCGCCUGCAUGCUCUGGACACUACGCUGACAGACACAGCAAACCUUUUUGCCACAGUUCGCAUUGAUGUGCCAUCCUGGAUGAACUGCACUACCUGAGCCACUUGUGUGGGUUGUAGACUCCGUCGCAUGCUACCACUAGAGUGAGAGCACCGCCAGCAUUCAAAAGUGACCAAAACAUCAGCCAGGAAGCAUAGGAACUGAGAAGUGGUCUGUGGUCACCACCUGCAGAACCACUCCUGUUUUGGGGGGUGUCUUGCUAAUUGCCUAUAAUUUCCACCUUUUGUCUAUUCCAUUUGCACAACACCAUGUGAAAUUUAUUGUCAAUCAGUGUUGCUUCCUAAGUGGACAGUUUGAUUUCACAGAACUGUGAUUGACUUGGAGUUACAUUGUGUUGUUUAAGUGUUCCCUUUAUUUUUUUGAGCAGUGUAUUUUUAACCAUGUUUUGAAGCUAUAUUAUUGUAAACAUUUGCAUUGUUUACACACAAUAGAGUAAACCAAGCUUGUAUUUUGGGUUCUGAUUGGGUAAGACCGUUACUCAUUUCUAAGUUACAGUAUUGAAUAAUCAGUGGCUUUACACUGAGUGUAUGAAACAUAUUUCCAUGACCAGGUGAAUCCAGGUGAAAGCUGAUUCCUUAUUGAUCUUACUUGUAAAACCCACUUAAAUCAGUGUAGAUGAAGGGGAAGAGACGGGUUAAAGAAGGAUUUUUAUUGAGUCAUGGAUUCUGUUUGUGGGCCAUUCAGAGGGUGAAUGGGAAAGACAAAAGAUUUAAGUGCCUUUGAAUGGGGUAUGGUAGUAUGGUCCAGAUACAUUGGUUUGAAAGUGUCAAGAACUUCAACGCUACAAGGUUUUUUACGCUCAACAGUUUCCCGUGUGAAUCAAGAAUGGUGCAUCACCCAAAGGACAUCCAGCCAACUUGACACAACUGUGGAAAGCAUUGAAGUCAACAUGGGCCAGCAUCCCUGUGGAACGCUUUCGACACCUUGUAGAGUCCAUGACCCAACAAGUUGAGGCUGUUCUGAGGGCAAAAGGGAGUGCAACUCAAUAUUAGGAAGGUGUUCCUAAUGUUUUGUACAUAUUAAUUAAAUCUGAUGUCAACCAGAUGUCAUCAAACAGGCACCAACUCACAUCAACAAAACUCUUCAACACGUUAAUAUUGAACAAUAUCACCACAAUCUCUCUUUCUUACACACACACACACACACACAAUGUGUGAUUGACUAGGAUAUGCAUAAGGUUAUCUUAAGUUGAGGGCCUGAUGCAAAGUGUACAUUGGAUUUAUAUGAUACAGAUCGCCUGAACGUAUCUCAUAAUAACGACUUACUAUCUCAUAAUUAUGACUUACUAUCUUAUAACUCUUAGUCAGAUUUUAUUUUUUGGUGGCGGGUACGGGCUUCCAUACAAACUCAUGGUCACCUCAAGUAUUUACAGUAACAUUUUUGACAUAUGUAUUUGAUUUUAAGCAUUUUGAUAGAAGUCUAUCACCAUAGACUAACCUCUUAUACAACCUCUCAAUAUAUGUUGCUGUAUUAUAUUGUCAUUUUUUUUAAACCAAAGGUAUAUAUGAACUAACAAUCUGCCGCUGUGUACAAUAUUUGUCUUUCAAGUAUUUUGUCAAGUGUACUGUAAUUUGUAUGUUAUGCCAAAUAAAAUCUAAAUUCUUUGUAUUUUAUAUAGAA